AUGAGCACUGAGCAGCACCUCACAGCUCCCCAGCACCUCACCGAGGAGCAGGAUGCCAACAGCUCAGCCUCUGCCCUCGCUGAGCACUGGCCCUUGCCCUGGUUCACAGCCACAGCCGGGGUCUGUGUGGUGCUCACGGCUGUGGUGUUCGUGGUGGCGGCCAGCAGCAACGCGGCAGUGCUGGGCAGCCUGCUGAGGAAAGGCGGCAAGUGCCACGUGAGGCCGCUGCUCCUCAGCCUGGUGCUGGCUGACCUGCUGGUGAUGCUGGCGAUGAUGCCACUGGAUGCAGCCUGGAACAUGAUGGUGCAAUGGUAUGGAGGGGACCCGUCCUGAAAGCUCCUCAACUUCCUCAAGCUCUUUGCCAUGUACGCAGCCAUGCUGGUGCUGGUGGUCAUCAGCCUGGCCUGGCACGUGGCUGUGCUGCGGCCCUUCUCCUGCGCUCGCUGCCACAGUGGGCUGCUGCUCUGCGCUGCCUGGGCUGCCAGCCUGCUGCUGGCCUCGCCACAGCUUUUCCUCUUCCACCUGUGCAUGGCCCUGGGAGGGAACUUCACCCAGUGUGUGACUCAGGGUAGCUUCCGAACACGCUGGGAGGAAACUGUCUACAACAUGUUCACCUUCACCAUGCUCUACAUCAUGGUCGUCUGCUAUGUCCGGAUCCUCCGGGAGAUCAGUAAACAGUUAAAGAUCAACAAGGUAAGCAGGUCCCAGCCCUUUGGUGGCCACCAUCAGCCUGGGAUUGACCCAGAGCAUUGCUGGAUCUCUGGCCAACACCCUCUGAAGGGAAACCCAGCUUGGAGUGGGCUUGACACAGACUUCUUCACUCCUUUCUUUGCUGUCUUCUGUUGCUUCAUCUGGGCCACAGACCUGACCAUGAGACGUUGGUCUGUCCUUUCUGGCAGAAGCACAGUUAUGGAUCAUAGAAUCACAGAAUGGUAG